AUGGCGAAAGAACAAGGAAGGAUGAUGAGCCCUAAGAAGACGAUAGAGAAGAACAGGGGGAACAAGAGAUUCGGAAAGCUCGUCUCAGAAGCAGACAAAGUGCAGAAGGGACACUACAUACCAUGGGCAAGGUCUCAGAAGCCUGGAUCUGUGAAGGAGAUCGUGUUCAAUCCUCAGAGUCGCAAGACUUUUGUUACUGGAUUUCGCAAGAGAAAGGAGCAAAGGCGAGAGACAGCGAAAAAAUCGAUAGUUGACAAAGAAAAGGCCGCGAAAAGGAAGGAGAAGAGAGAGAAAAUGCGCGAUAUGCUCGAUGCAUAUGAAAGACGCUCAAAUGAAAUGAAAAACAUGAUGAACGGGGGGGAUAAUGAUAGUGACGAUAUCGACGAUAGUGAAUCUGAGUCUGAUAGAGAGGAGGAGGUAAGGGCAGAAAACAAUCACUAUGAGUUUGGUUUUGGUGGAAAGGCAAACGCAAUCACGGUGGAGGUGAAGGAGAUGGAUUUGGAGCAGCUGCAUAGCGAGUCUGUGGCAACUUCGAGUCUUCCUGCAUUGCCCAUGCAAGACAACAAACCAAUCUCAAAGAAGAAGAAGCAGGAAGGAAAAGGGCGGAAGAGGCAUCUCAAAAAGGAGAAGCUGCCGAAAACAAAGCGAGACAAGAGAAAGGGGAAGAAACAUUAA